CUAUGUGACACUCCCCAAACAGAGAAGGAAUAGCCAGUAUAAAACGCAUCACGGAAUGCCUCGGGCUCUUAGCUCACCGGGUUAUUUUAACAUGAGUGAGGACGGAUGAACGCAGUGAUUAGGGGGAUGGGGCAAGUAUAAAGAUUUUCAUCCUGACCUCAAAGCUCUUUGCUAAUAAAAACACAUUCUGGCUGUUUGCGUGUGAGCGCCUCCAAACAGCUGGCAUGCGGACUGUGACACAAGGCCAGGCAAACAACUACUAUUCUGUAUGCACAAAUAUUAUUAGUGAGUCACCUAAUUCUUUUUGCACAUAACAGCUUUUAAAACCCAUCAGACUAAAUUGUUGUUGUUCAUUUCACUAAUGUCUUAGUAUUUCUCCACUGACAUCACCUGACAACUGCAAUUUAUUAGAAAUUUUAUUAAAACUCAAACUAUAGGGGUUCCUUACUUUACAACAGAGUUUUGUUCCUACAGUGGGAAAAGUCAUGUACAUAAGUCAGAAUGCUCCAGUUUAUUGCUAACCUUAGCCCAAAUUUAAAGCUUAUGGGAGAUUCCGCGAUUAGAGUAAAUGUUUUCAUGAAAAUCGCAUCUAGAGCAUACUAGAUACAAAUAUGUCAAACGUUCAGUGCGGCGGUGCUUGAGCUUGCCUUCUUGUGUCACGUCAGCAUAUAUUUUUGAUGUGCGGUUUAUAUGUAACAUUAAAAUUUCGGUAUCUUUGUAAACUAAGGAAUAAACACCACAUUUAAAAUAUCUCUUUUUUGGGGGGGUUUGUUUGAUAUAAUACAUUUUAAAUGUAAUUCCAAACCAUUAUACAGUUUGUGGAAUCCUGUUGGCCUUUAAAGUGGAUUUUAUGUACUGCACAGAUUGAUUCAUUGAGGACAGCAGACAUCUGGGAGGAAAGCAUAUUUUCCUUUUUAUCUCUGCUGAGAUUAGAUAUCGAUUUUGCACCUUCUCAGCUCCACAAAGCCACCAUCCCUUAUUAGAAAGCCGAGAGAAAAUGCGGUGUCAUUUAAGGGGGAAAAAAAACUCAUCAGCAGACUAACCAUUAAAUAAGAAGAAUUGUUGCCCUUUAACACCUCUGGUGUCUCUUUGAGCACGUUUGUCUAUGUACAUAAAUAAAAGCAGGGCAGACCCUCUAAUUGUUUACUUCCUUUUACUGGUGUCACCUGUGUUUGAGUGAUAUGGCUUCUGUGGUGUGUUCGUGUCACAUGGAGCUCCGCAGCCACCAGGCGCUGACAGCUGACACAAGAACAAUGCGCACCCGUCCGCACCAAAGUACUUGUGUAAUGAGAGGCCAUUUAAAACAGUUGGCGCAGUCGUCCCUCAGAUGAAACCCUAUUGGGAUAUCUAAUCUGAUCAAGAACUGAGCUCCACAGGUGCCUUUGGGAAUACUGGUGGAAGUGCGCCAUACUUUGUAGUUUGACUUUCAGUCUCGGGUGUCAUAAUGUAUGGGCUGCUGUGUGAGAGUCUGCACGACUUCAUCAAGGAGUCGUACGGGGACGAUGUGUGGAAGCUGGUCAGGGAGAGAGCAGAUGUCCGGCUGCAUUCUUUUGUCACUCAUGAGGUGUAUAGCGAGAGUGUGAUUCCUCGCAUUGCAAAGGCAGCCAGUGGGGUGACAGGGACACCCUACAAUGAGCUGAUGAACUCCUGGGGGGUCUACUUCCUGGGAUUUGUAGGGAAGUACGGCUAUGACAGGAUUCUCAAGGUGCUGGGCCGUCAUGUCCGUGACUUUGUCAAUGGCCUUGACAACCUCCACGAGUAUCUACGGUUCAGCUACCCCAAGGUGCAGCCCCCAACCUUCUUCUGCCAGGAGGAAUCUGCCACUGGAGUCACCCUUCACUACAGGAGUAAGCGCAAAGGCUACCUGCACUAUGCCAUGGGUCAGCUGAGACAGAUGGGGAAGCAGUUCUAUGACACUGACAUCUAUGUGGAGGUCUUGUCUGAGCAGUUGGUGGGGGACUACUCUCAUGUCACCAUGAGGCUGAACUUUGACAACUCCGCUUACCGCUACAUCAUGAAGGAAGAUGAGGAAGAGCAGGAGAUUCUGCCAAUUACCUCUGAUUUCUUCUUUGAAGUCUUCCCCUUCAACAUCGUCUUCAGACAGGACAUGGUGGUGCACAAUGUUGGCUCGGGACUUUCGACAGUCUUCCCUGAUUUAGAUGGAAAAAAGAUCACUGAUGCCUUUUUGCUGGCUCGUCCCCUGGUGGAGUUCACGUGGAACAUGAUCAUCUCCCAUCCCAACAACUUGUUUGAGAUCAUGUCCAAGGAACCUGUGAAAAGAGAGAGGAAUCUCCACAACCGAGUCCAGAAUUCCGACUACGAAAAUGCCAAUCGGUCUGCAGAUGUGGACGUGGAGCUCAUGGCUUUUCAGUCCAUUAUUGGAGACGAUUACAAAGAUGGCAACAGCGCUAACGCCAUGGAGAGCUGGGGUGACGGUAGCCGAUGCCUGAAACUGAAAGGACAAAUGCGAUACAUGCCCGAGUGGGAGUCCAUAAUCUUCCUCGGAACACCUGUGAUGGAAAGCCUGAGUGCCAUGUUUAAAACCGGACUGUACAUCAAUGACCUGAGCAUGCACGACUCCAGCAGAGAUUUGGUGCUGGCAGGCACACAGCAGUCGGAGGAGCUGAAAAGAGCCCUCAUACAGGAGCAAAAGAAGUCCAGCAAGCUAGAGGAGAGCAUGAAGAUGCUGGACUAUGAAAUGAAAAAGACAGAUGACCUCCUUUACAGAAUGAUUCCUAAGCCAGUAGCAAAGAGACUGCGCAAAGGAGAGCCGGCUGUAAACACUUGUGAGGUGUUCCCAGAUGUGACCAUUCUUUUCAGCGACGUGGUGGGAUUCACUCGCAUUUGCAGCCACAUCACUCCGUUGCAGGUGGUGUCCAUGCUCAACACCAUGUACACUUUGUUUGACACACUCAGCGAGAAGCACAGAGUCUUCAAGGUUGAAACCAUUGGAGAUGCCUACAUGGUGGUCGCAGGUGCUCCGGAGAAGACCAAGUAUCAUGCGCAUAACAUUUGUGACAUGGCAUUGGACAUGGUGCGCUCCAUCGAUCACUUGAAAGACCCCUCAAAUGGAAACAACAUACAGAUUCGUGUCGGCAUCCACUCUGGCAUGGUGGUAGCAGGUGUGGUAGGACACAAGAUGCCCCGGUACGGUCUGCACGGCGACACAGUCCACACGGCGUCUGCCAUGGAGAGCAACGGAAAGGAAAUGCAUAUCCAGCUCAGCAGCGCCACCUAUGAGCACCUGAAAGGAAGCCACUUUAUCUUCGAAAGGAGGGGCACCAUUACCAUCAAGGGCAAUGUGGAGAUUGAGACCUACUGGCUGAAAGGUAAACGGGACAAAGAUGGAAAUGCCCAAGCGGCGUGUCCUCAAUUCGAGACCCAAACCAUCAGUAAGGCCAUCAGCAAGGCCACCAUCACUGAGGUCAUCACCGAGGGUGACGAGGAGGGACUGGUUUUCCCUCUGGUACCGGGCGAGGACGAAGAUGAUGUAAAAUCUAUUCACUCUCAUCACAUCAAGAUGGAGAAUUCAGGCCAUUCUCUGGAGGAGUCCGUGGAAGAGUGUCGCGUGGAAGAGAUGUCUGUUCACAAGUCCCAUUACAAAGACACUUUGCAGGAGUGCUUGGAGGACGCUCAUCUGGAGUUGGAGUCACCCGAGUGUGAUGGCAGGGAUUCCACGAUGGAGUCACGUGACAACUCCUGUGACUCUCGCUGCUCCAAGAGUGCCAUGUGUUCCGUGUCCUGAACUGGUACACGUUAAAAUGGAAAAGCCAAACAGACACUAGCUGAUGCCAUAGUCAGUAAUGGACUCUUUGUGCAUCUGAUGUAAAACACUGACAAACAAUUUGUUUGCUUUUUGGUCUUUUGAUUCUAGACUCCAGUGAUCUGUCUUGAGUACAUUUGACAUGAGACUGAUAGACUUUGUUUUAUUGCAUAGUGAUAGAAGAAAGAAUAAAUAUAGCCCAGUGAGAAUAAAUAUUUCAAUCAACACAUUUCAGCUUCACCUUAAAGCAAUUAAACUAUUUAUCCCCAUCCCAAAAAUCUCA